GCUACCAGACUUCUUUUCGAACUCAUUCGUGUCGUGUCAAGUACAUUUAUAAUACUUGAUAUGCUACUUAAUUUUGUUAUUUACUGAAAGUCAUCAAAAUAUGAAUAAUUAAAAAAAAAAAAUAAUUGACAAAUCAGUUAAUUAUCACAUAAGUUUGUAAAAAUUAUAAUUUCAAUAAUUGUUUUGAUGAUAAAAAUUAAUGAGGUGUAUAAGAAUUAAAAAAGGAAUAUUUAAAGCAACAUUCAAGUGAUCUAGAGCAUUAUGUUUAUGAAUAGUCGAAGCUCCAUAUAGUUUCCUUGAACUCGAGACACAAUGUUAUUGAUGCGAAUUUAUUUACUUAUUCAUCUCUUGUUAUUUAAAGUGUGAUUACCAGUUAUGUGUUGAUGUGAUUCACAAUGUUCAAGUGUUUGUAAAAAAAUUAUCACUGUAAAAUCGAUGAUCAAUGUUGUAAAAAAAGUCAGACAUAAAGUCAACAGUGAUUGCAAGGUCGAGGAAAAUAAUUUUCCAACUCAUUUACUAGUACUCGGCCUUCUUUUUAUACUAUCAACUGAUGUCCAAUUCUCACGACGAGGUAUUUGCUGAGAGAAACGGUGUAGUGAGGGAGGACAACGUCCUACAACCACUGCGAGUUCAGGACGAUUUUCAUUUACCACUUCUUCCUGGACAUAGUGAUGCAGCUAGUCGUAGUCCAAGCUGCUUUACAUGUAGCUCUCCAGCUUCUGUAGAACAUCAUAAUACUGAUUCGAUGGAUGACAAAGUUUCAGUGGAGAGUCAAAGUCAGGUAGCAGAUGUUCGACAACCAAGUGGAAACUCUUUGAUACGGCAAAUAUUUGAAAUAAGUCCAUCCAAGUCUCACUUGAGUGGUCUUAUUCAUUCAAUCCACACACCGGAUAACUCCUCAGCGUCAGGCACCUUACCAAAUUCUCCAAAUACUCGAAGACCUUCUCCUGCAUUAGCAGGACCUGUUUGUUACAUCAAGAACAAUCUAAUAUCUGGCGAACUCAUGAAAGAAAGUGAUAAAUCUGUUAGUGAUCGAGAUAGUUGCUAUAAAUCUGCAGAAGUUAGCUCCAUUGUCGAGAUGAAGAAUCAUAGUCCUAGAAAUAAUAAAAAAGUCAAUUCUGCUACAGUAUUUCCUGUCAAUUCAGACCUCAGCGUUCGUGAAGCCUUCGGUCCAAAACUAACACCUGCUAUAUCAGAAGGUAACUCUCUAGCUAUCACUCCAACUCUUGGAGAUGGUCCAUUUGAUAAUUCAUCAGUUGAAAAAUAUUCGAAUGCACAAAAUGGAGCAGCAGGAGGUCCAAAUGAUAAUGAUCCAGAUCCUGAAACAUUAUUUUUUCGGGAUGGACGAAGGCGUAUUGACAUGGUGUUGGUUUAUCAAGAAGAAAGCGAAGGCGUUAUGACGGAAAUUGAAUCUAAAAGACGAGAACAAAGACGUGUUUUCCAAGAAAAUUUGCUCAAAGAAGGUCUUCAAAUGGAAUUAGAACCUAAGGAAAAUUCAUUUGAUGGUAGAACUUAUUUUCUUAAGCUUCAUAUUCCCUGGAAAAUAAAAAUUCAAUAUGCUGAAGUAAUGAAUCUUAAACUCAUCACCAAACGAUUUAUUACGAUUUCUGUGAAAGCUUGGGGUGACGAUGGAAAAAAAGCUAAAAAACAAUUUUGGAAUAGGCUUAGAGGUUGGCUGGAUUGGACGAAAAAAAUUCAUUCAUGGGAUCAUAAACUUUAUCCAGAAGAGCCGAGUUUUUAUGAUUGUAGAGACUCAGACGAUUACGAAAAUCGAUUUUUAGUCAAAGAUAGAGAAACAGAAUACACACCAGCACAACGAUCUCAAAUAGUCAUGCAAAUCCUGUCUCGUACACGAUACGAUGAAGUACAUGAAAAAUCAGGAAUCAAGAGAUUGAUAGCAGAUGGUACCUAUCUCGAUUGUUUUAUCAUGCAUGAUGGUCCCUAUGAUCGUCCUGGAUCAGAUGGAGUUUUACUUGAUCGACAUCUUUUGUAUUUAAUUUGGGCACGACCUUCACAAUGGUAUAAAAAACAACCUUUAUGGCUCAUUAGAAGAUAUUUUGGAGAAAAAGUUGCGUUAUAUUUCGCCUGGCUGGGGUUCUAUACGCGUGCUCUUUAUCCUCCAGCGAUAGUUGGAUUACUUUGCUUUUUCUAUGGCCUAGGUAGCAUGGAUGGGCCAGAUAAUAUACCGAGCAGAGAAAUUUGUGAUAUGAAUUCAGCUGGAAAUAUUACACUUUGUCCACUUUGUGAUAGAGCAUGUAGUUUCCGUACAUUAGGCGAGUCUUGCAUUUUUUCCAGACUCACUUACCUGUUUGACAAUCCUGCUACAGUCUUCUUUGCUAUUUUUAUGUCAUUUUGGGCUACGAGCUUUCUUGAACUUUGGAAACGUCGACAAGCUGUUAUUGUUUGGGAAUGGGAUUUACAAAAUGAGGAUGGUGAUGAGGAUCCUCGACCAGAGUUUGAAUCAUCCGUGAAAACCUUUAGAAUAAAUCCAGUGACCCGAGAACGUGAGCCUUACAUGCCUUUUUGGUCAAAAGCUUGGAGAUAUAUGGCAACUGGUUCACUAGUUUUCUUCAUGAUUUGUAUCGUUCUUGGUGCUGUACUUGGAACUAUAAUUUAUCGAAUAUCAUUAGUGACAGUUGUAUAUGGUGGAGAAACCUACUUUUUUCAGAAACAUGCAAAAAUUAUUACCUCUAUGACUGCUGCUCUUCUUAACUUGAUCAUUAUUAUGAUACUCACACGUAUUUACCAACGUUUAGCCAAAUGGAUGGUUAAUAUGGAGAAUCCACGAACACAAACGGAAUAUGAAGAUAGUUUUACCUUUAAAAUAUUUAUAUUUGAAUUUGUAAACUUCUACUCAUCACUUAUCUACAUAGCAUUUUUUAAGGGGCGGUUUUAUGUUCAUCCUGGUGAUAAAGAUGCUCGAGCAUCAGAAUUUUAUCGAAUAAAAACCGACGUAUGUGAUCCUGCCGGAUGUCUUUCAGAGCUUUGUAUUCAACUAGCUAUAAUUAUGGUUGGUAAGCAAGUAUUUAAUAAUUUUAUGGAAAUUUUAUCGCCAAAAAUGUGGAAUUGGUGGAGAAAAAGAACUCACGUAGCCGCUACAAAAGAUCACGAAAGGCCGUACACAUCAUGGGAGCAGAAUUAUCAAUUACAAGAUCCUGGAAGACUUGCACUAUUUGAUGAAUAUCUCGAAAUGAUACUGCAGUAUGGUUUUGUAACCCUUUUUGUAGCUGCCUUUCCUUUGGCUCCAUUAUUUGCACUUUUAAAUAAUAUCGGAGAAAUCAGGCUAGAUGCUUAUAAGAUGAUAAAAGAAGCUCGUAGACCUUUAGCUGAACGAGUUGAAGAUAUUGGAGCAUGGUAUGGAAUACUUAAAGGUGUGACUUAUGCUGCAGUGGUUUCUAAUGCUUUCGUAAUUGCCUACACCUCUGACUUUAUACCUAGAAGUGUUUAUACCUUUGUUUACUCCAAAACCAAUGAUCUAGUUGGAUAUAUUGAUAGUUCAUUAAGUGAUUUUAAUACUUCUGACUACCGUGAAGACAUGGUUAGUCAAUCAAUUAAAAAACCAGAGAUAUGUCAGUAUCGAGGCUAUAGAAACGGUCCUAAUAGUGAUGAUCCUUAUGGUCUUAGUCCUCAGUACUGGCAUGUAUUUGCAGCCAGACUUGCUUUCGUUGUGGUUUUUGAGCACGUGGUGUUUGCAUUGACUGGAAUAAUGAGUUAUGUAAUCCCAGAAACACCGAGUGCAGUAACAACUCAGCGAGCUCGUGAGAAACUUUUAGCACAAGAGGCAAAAUAUGAAAAAGGAUUUAAAGGUAAAGACGAUGAUGAUGAAUUAAUGAGCGUAUUGAGGGAAGCUGGUGGUACUCUUGGACGACAUGGUGUUAGACGAGGUAGUGUGGCAAGACGAUUUAGCAAGCUAAGUGAUACUCUUGAUGCCCAUGUAGAAAUAAAUAUGAAACAACAAAGGAUUAGUGAUGCUUCAGGUGCCUGGGAAACAAAUUAAUAUAAUUUAAGUAAAACUAAGAGAUUGUUGUAUAUUUUUUAAGCUCUCUGCUGCCAAAGAAUUAUUUUUAUAUGUACAUUUAAAGACUGUGCGAAUCGCAAAGGAUACAAACUAGUCAAGAAUAAACAUGUAAUAUAUGCAGGGAAGUUUCUUCUUAAAAAUAAUUGAUUAUGUGUAUAGAUAUAUCACAGUACAAAGAAUUAUUUGGUGAUUAUUUGUUGAUUAUAUUUGUUGGAAUUUUGUUGGAUAUUUAACACUGAUGAUGAUUGAAAAAUGAUGCACGUUGAGAUUUUAUAAAUUAUGGAAAACUGACUGAAGUAUUUUAUCAAUUUAAAUGACUCUCGUUAACCACAGAUAUAUAUAGACAUUUAUAUAUUUAUCGAUGAAAAUGUUGAUCACGUUUUAAAGCAAUAUUUAUAAAUUAUUUUAAGAUAGUUAUAUACAUUCCAAAUAUUAUAAAUUGCAGUGAGAUUGAAUUAAUUGAUAAAUAAAAAAAUUCGUUAAA